GCCCCCUCCCCUUGCGUUCCCAGGCUGCCCGGAGACCCCUGCGCCCUGGCCGCGCAGGGGAAGAGGCGCGCCGCCCGGGCUGGUGGCUGCGUCCCCGGCCGCGUCUCUCUUUGUUUCCGUGUGUGUCCUCCCGUGGGGAGCGGGGGGAGGAGGCCAAAGAUGAGCGCGAGCUGCUGAGCACGCAGAGAUUUUUAUUUCUCUGGGACUCCGUUGGGGGAAGCAGGAGCGGGGAGAUGCUCUUCCGCGCCUCGGCCUCUGGGGGACGUGGCCGCCUCAGCCCGGCUCCGAGGCGCUCCCUCGCUGCCUUCCUUCCUUGGCUGCCUCUGCUUCUCUGGCAGCCUCGCUCGGCCGAGGCAUCCGGAACCCGGAAAGCAGCGAGCCCUAGCCUGGGCCGCCCUCUUCCCUUCCUUUCUCUCCCCACACCCCACUCCCUUCCUUUGCUUUUUUUUUUUUUUUUCCUUCCAGACCUUUUUGUUUCCGCCAGAAACCGCAGAGUCCUACACCCACGGGCCGGAUCCCCCCAGGAGCGCCCCUGCACAGGGCAUCUGGGGGCACCGAGCUUCUCGAGGCCAGGCUGGCUGGCUCCUCACCUUGGGGGAACCGGGCCAACCCCGCCUGAGGCCCAGGCUGGACGCCUUGGCCAGAGUUCCUAAAGGCCGGCGCUGCCCGCGUUCGUGCCCGGCUCGCUGGGGACUUGGGUGGGGGCGACAACAUGGACCGCUCCGGGGAUAUUUGCUUUCCCCCGCACUCCAUCCCUUCCUCUCCCAAACCUCGCCUGCAAGUUGCCUCCAGCCUGCAGGGGUCGACGACGGCCCUGGAGCCCCCCGGCCCCAAUCCACAGCGCUCGGCUUUCCCGUUCAUUAUUGAUCAUAUUUUAUAAAUCCAACACCACACAAUUUUUUCCACAUUACCGGGAGCCGUGGGGAGGCGGAGCGGCCAUUGGCGCAGGGGAUGUCACGUGGGCCGGGGUCACGUGGCCCGAGAGGAAAAAGGGGGUCCUUUUUGGUGUAAAUCUGGACUCUAAUUCUGUAAUAUAUCAAGGAAUCUCGUAAAACCGACACUAAAACGUCCCUGCCUACAAAUCAUCCGGCCAAAUUAUGAGUUCAUUGUAUUAUGCGAAUGCUUUAUUUUCUAAAUAUCCGGCCGCAAGUUCGGUUUUCGCCACCAGCGGAGCCUUCCCCGAACAAACUUCUUGCGCGUUCGCCUCCAACCCCGCGCGCCCCGGCUACGGCGCGGGCGCCUCCUUCGCCGCCGCGGUGCCGGGCCUGUAUCCCGGCGGCGGGGGCGCAGCGGGCGCGGGCGGCGUCUACGCGGCCGGCUACGGGCUCGAGCCGGGUUCCUUCAACAUGCAUUGCGCGCCCUGUGAGCAGAGCCUCUCCGGGGUGUGUCCCGGCGACUCCGCCAAGGAGCAGAGGGACUCGGACCUGGCGGCCGAGAGUAACUUCCGGAUCUACCCCUGGAUGCGGAGCUCAGGAACGGACCGCAAGCGAGGCCGCCAGACCUACACGCGCUACCAGACGCUGGAGCUGGAGAAGGAAUUUCACUACAACCGCUACCUGACCCGGCGGAGGCGCAUCGAGAUCGCGCACGCCCUGUGCCUGACCGAGCGCCAGAUCAAGAUCUGGUUCCAGAACCGGCGCAUGAAGUGGAAAAAGGAAAGCAAACUGCUCAGCGCGUCGCAACUCAGUGCCGAGGAGGAGGAAGAAAAACCGGCCGAGUGAAGGUGCUGGAAAGGGAGGGGGGACACGAAGGGAGAGGCCUGCGCGGACCCCGGGGCGCCGGAGAGGCCGGGAAGGCUCUGCGGGCGGGGGAGCCUAGGGACCCGCUCUCGGCGGGCGGCGACAGGCGACGGGCGGCCCCGCGCCCUCCCGGACCCCGCCCGCAGAGCUCUCGCCGCCGCCGGCGCUCAGGGCGGCCGCCCGAGCCCACCCCGCACCCAACGCCUCCUCCCUCCCCGAGGAACCCGCCUGUGGCCUGGUCAGGCUCCUGGGUGAGAACUGAGGAUCGGACUCACUUGAUGUUUGCUGGACGCAGAGCGAAAUGCUCUUGUACGCGUCGCGUCUCAUUUCGUCCAUGUCCCCCGUGCACGGUUCAAUGGUAGAUUCGCUGCCCCUCAGCAGGGGCCCCGAAGACUCCCUGACCCCAGACAUGUCCUCUCUCCCACCCCCUCCCCAAAGCCACUGGAAGGAAGGAGCACAUACUACCUAGAAGUAAGAAGAGGAGCCUCAGAAGAAAACAAAGUUCUAUUUUAUUAAUUUUCUAUGUGUUGUGUUUGUAGUCUUGUCUUAGCUCUGGACGUGAAAUACUUCGGUAAUAAUAUUAAUAUUAUUAUUAAUGAUGAUGAUAAUAAUAAAGACCUGAAAACUG